AUGCCAGAAGGGCUUCUUGAAUCACAACAGAGGGCCAAAUCCAUCGACCCAGAAGUGUUGUUCCUCACAAACAUGGGUCGCGUCGUGGCUAAGAUCGUGUCUAGUGCCAUUGAGAACGCUGAGGACCUCACCAGAAAAUGGAUUGAUAACAACAGCCGAUCCUUCUCACUCGUGAUCCACAUUGGUCCCCUGCGGAGAAUCCUCCUCCAACCGAUGAAGUGGUCGAGAAUGAUGAUUAUGAGACAGUCCAGGUGGAUGAGUAGGAUGCGACUUUUCGUAUCCCAAAUGAUCUAUGUUUUGCAGCUUUCCAAAAAUGAGUGA